AUGCUUGGAAGCUUGGCUGCGAUCAAAGAACGCUCGCCGAUAGUGGCGGGUAACUUUGCUGUAUGGGGUGGUAUGUUCUCCACUAUUGAUUGUACUCUAGUGUACUUACGUCAGAAAGAGGACCCUUGGAACUCAAUAAUGAGCGGAGCACUGACCGGUGGCAUUCUCGCGGCUAGAAAUGGUGUUCCUGCAAUGGCUGGCAGUGCUUUAGUCGGUGGUGUCCUCCUUGCCUUAAUUGAAGGAAUUGGUAUAAUGUUCACAAGACUAUCUGCAGAGCAGUUUAAACCGCAGCAACCUAUUUUUGAAGAUCCCUCAAUAUUAGGACAAAGCCAGGGUCAAAGCCAAACUUUCCAA